CAAGCAUCUCCGUGUGAAUUUUGAACAGUGUAUUGAAUGGAACAAGUUAAAAAGAUUUAGCGGGUAUUGGUUUGAAUUUUUAUGGCAUGCUUAAACAUGUUCAACAAUGAGCAACAAGGCCUUUACACUUCCUCUAUGGACCCAAGAAUCUCCUUCUCCAGUGAUUUUGCAGAUGCACAAGAAGCUAUCAAAUAUGAAAAGAGCUAUAGAGAGGCACCCGUUUCUUCAGAUUUCGAAUUCUCUGUGAGAAACUACAGCAUGAUUCCUGCAGAUGAGAUCUUUUGCAAGGGAAUGAUUUUACCAUUGAAGGACAACUGCACCAACCAGCUUAGAAAAAUGACUUUACGAGACGAAUUACUUGUCGAUGAUGAUGAAGAUGAUGAUUUUGCUGCAUUGCCAAGGGUACAGAAGAGUUCAGGUUGGUGGAAAGAGAGAUUGGGAUUGAGAAGGGGUCACAUUGAAUCUAAGAAAGGAGAUAGAAAUAUUGAAGUUUUUCAAGGAAUAGUUGACGAGAAGGAGCCUGUUUUUGGUCAUGAUGAGGGGCUAGCUGGAAAGAACAGGUUAGAUAGCUGCUUCUUUUCUCUCUUAAUAAUUUUUAAUUUUAGUAUUAUUAUUAUUAGGCCUAUUAAACAAAAAAAAAGCUAAUCC